AAGUUCUUAAGCUCAUGCAAAGCCCACUCAUAACCGCAACAAUCUGGGGAGACUCGGAAGCUACAUGCACAGUAGUACCCAGGCGGCACUUAUCAUACUUCUAUUCCCCACCCCAAUCAUGCACUUCUCCCCUUCUGUUUCCCCCUCGUAAAUCUUUAGCCUAGACAGCACCAUUUUCAUCUCUCUAUCUCUCUCUCCUCUCAAAGUUUUAGCCAUGGUUUCAGUUGGAAGUCAUGGUGAGAAAGAUGGUUCAAAUAAUGGAACUGUGGUUGAUUUCCGGGGGAAUCCGGUGGACAAGUCCAAAACUGGUGGAUGGCUUGCUGCUGGGCUCAUCUUAGGAUCCGAGCUCUCAGAGAGGAUAUGUGUGAUGGGCAUAUCGAUGAACUUAGUGACAUACUUAGUUGGAGAUUUGCAUAUUUCAUCAGCAAAAUCUGCAACUAUAGUUACCAACUUCAUGGGCACUCUCAAUCUUCUUGGUCUCCUUGGAGGUUUCUUAGCCGAUGCCAAACUUGGCCGAUACUUAACAGUUGCAAUCUCCGCAUCCGUAACAGCUUUGGGGCUGAUUUUUCUGACACUAGCAACAACAAUUUCAAGCAUGAGGCCUCCUCCCUGUGAUGACUAUAGAAGACAGCAGCACGAGUGCAUGGAGGCAAAUGGCCGGCAACUGGCUUUGCUGUAUCUGGCACUGUACACCACAGCGCUUGGUGGUGGGGGAAUAAAGUCUAAUGUCUCUGGUUUUGGCUCUGAUCAAUUUGAUGUGACGGAUCCCAAGGAGGAGAAGGCUAUGAUUUUCUUCUUCAAUAGGUUCUAUUUUGGCGUCAGCAUCGGGUCUUUAUUUUCCGUGAUUGUGCUGGUAUAUAUACAAGACAAUGUAGGAAGAGGGUGGGGAUAUGGAAUUUCUGCGGGCACAAUGGUGAUUGCAGUGGCAGUUCUGCUUUGUGGAACACCAUGGUACAGGUUUAAAAAGCCUCAGGGGAGCCCUUUAACUGUCAUAUGGAGGGUUCUGUUCUUGGCCUUGAAGAAGAGGAAUCAGUCUUAUCCUUCCCACCCCAGCCUUUUGAACGAUUAUGAGAACAGAAAGGUUCCCUACACACAAAGAUUCAAGUGUCUUGACAAGGCUGCAAUCCUAGACGACAAUUGUGCUGACAAUGCAAACAAAAGUAACCCAUGGAUAGUAUCAACUGUGACUCAAGUUGAGGAGGUCAAAAUGGUCCUAAAGCUACUUCCCAUUUGGUCCACAUGUAUCCUCUUCUGGACAAUCUACUCCCAAAUGACUACUUUUACAAUUGAGCAAGCCACCUUCAUGCAUCGAAAAGUCCGUUCCUUCGAAAUCCCUGCGGGCUCUUUCUCUGCCUUUCUCAUCAUCAGCAUUCUCCUCUUCACCUCCCUAAAUGAAAAAGUGUUUGUCCCCUUGGCUCGAAAAAUCACCCAUAAUGUCCAAGGACUCACAAGCCUCCAGAGGAUUGGAAUUGGACUCAUUUUGUCAAUAGUUGCCAUGGUGGGUGCUGCUAUUGUUGAGAAAGAAAGGAGAGAAAUUGCUAAUCAGAAGAAUGUCAAAACAAGUGCUUUUUGGCUACUUGUUCAAUUUUUCUUCGUGGGUGCCGGAGAAGCUUUUGCUUAUGUUGGACAACUUGAGUUCUUUAUUAGAGAGGCGCCAGACCGAAUGAAAUCCAUGAGCACAGGGCUUUUCCUGAGCACCAUUUCAAUGGGGUUCUUUGUGAGCAGUUUGUUAGUGUCCAUCGUCGACCAUGUGACCAAAAAGAGAUGGCUUAGAAGCAAUCUGAAUGAAGGAAAGUUGAAUAACUUUUACUGGUUACUGGCAGUAUUUGGAUUUUUAAAUUUCCUGGUAUUUCUCGCCUUAGCAUCAAGGCAUCAGUACAAAACGCAGCUCCCUAUGAAGCCUGACUCUGGAGAGAAGGAGCUUAAGAGCUUGAAUGAUGAAAUGAUAGAAGAGAUAGAGAAGAAAGCAAGCAUUCAAUCAGUGGGAAACGCAGAGCCGUAGCAUAUCUCUAUUUUAAGAGGAUUGUAUUUCAUUGUUCCACGACAUAUAUAGUUCUUAUUUUAGCUGGUCAAAAGGAUAAGGAAAAAAUUAGCAGCUCGUGUUUGUGUAACGCGUAAUUGUAAGGUGAUAUUUGAUUAUUCUUUUUUCUGCUUCAUAUCAUGGUGUGCAACAUUAUAAGGAGAUAUAUCUUUUCUCGCUUAAUAAAGAUACAUUAUUAUAUCCAA